AUGCUCAAAUUCUUCUACUUAUGGCGUUUGGAGCUGAUGCUGUUCCGACCUAACGAUUUCCUCGCCCUUAGACGAGAAGUGUGGCAUAUAACCGAUGAGGCGUAUACACAAUCCUUCCACACACAACACAAUGUUCCGCGUCCGGUGCCUGAAGAGGAACAACACGCGCCGGCCCUUGUGCCGAUGGGAGCCCUCGGGUACAGUGGUUCUACGUUCUUCAAGACUGCGGAUGGAAAAUUUCUCGUCAAGUCAUUGGAUCGACACUUCGAACACCAGUUCUUCAUGCAUGAACUACUUACACCGUACAUAAUCCACAUGUGGGAAAACCCUGGCAGUCUUUUGGUGCGAAUCACCGACCUCCUCUGUGUUCCAUAUCCUACACUGGGCGGGUUAUUGGGCUUGGAGCCAACGCAUCACGUUGUGAUGGAGCAUCUCCUCUAUGGCAUCGAGACAGAUGGUGAUACGGUUCGCUAUGAGACGUAUGACCUGAAGCCGGACGAUUAUUUCUUUCCUGAGCGUGACCUUGCGGAUGGCAGACUCGCGCCGCAAAGCAUCAAGAAUAGGCUGGCGGAUCAUUUCCCAGAUCAAAUCCAGGUAUCACAGGAGGCGACGAAGGAGUUGAUGGACUUGCUGAAUACGGAUACCACAUUCCUCGCCAAGUCAAAUGUCUUGGAUUACUCUUUAUUCCUCGUGCGUUAUCCAAGAAGCGGCGAAUCGUUUUUCGAUGCGGUAGAGACGUCGUUGGCUGAGAGACAAGCAGACUCUUGGAGAACGGGCGUUGUCUCUGCUGAUGGACAAUGGGUCUAUCGCGUUGUUUUGCUGGACUUCUUCUGGGCUCGACAUAAGUUCCGUGCCAAGGUCAUGGCUGGCAUUGUCACAGCGUUCAACACAUGGGCUGGAUAUGGACCGAUGACAAUUACUACAGAGCCUUUCGAGUAUCAAAGGCGUUUUAUGAAGAUGGUCCAGAAGCUGGUUGGUGACAACGGGGCGGAUGAAGGACAUGCUGGACCGAGCGCGGAUUGCUAA